AUGUCCCGCCUCCGCCCCUCCGCCUCCUCGCUCUCCCAACCCCCCGCCUCCCACACCCGCCCGCUGCGCAUCAUCGCCUCCGGCACCCUCUUCCUCACCCACACCCUCUCCCUCCCGCACCACCCCGCGCCGUCCAGCAACGUCCGCGCACACGAGUACACGCGCACCCGCAACGGCUCCGCGAGCACCAUCCUCGCCGUCCUCGCGCAGUUCCGCGCGCUCGCGCUCGACAUGGGCGCGGGCGCGGGCGGCGGCGCCGGGAUCGAGGGGUGCUGGCUCGUCGCGAGCCUGGGCGGGAACGAUGAGGGCAAGGAGGUCAUACGCGAGUUGGACAGGAUCGGGGUCAACACGCGCUACUGUAAAAUAUGGGAGACGGCCGGUGUCCCUGGCGCUUGGGUUCUGCACGCAAACGACACCGACUCGCAGAGCGUGAUCAACCACAACCCGCUCCCAGACAUCACCCACGAAGAGUUCGUCUCCCUCCUCGGGCCCCUCCUCGCCCCCGAAAACUACCCCCCGCCGGCGCCCUCGCUGCCCUCGCCCCCGCUCCAGCCGAAUUUCCCGCCCCGCCCCUCGCUCUCCGCGCCGUCCCCGGGCGUGCUCGCCCCGCUCAACGGCCCCGCCGGCCAGCCGCAGAGCCCCGCGCCGUUCGACUGGCUGCACUUCGAGGGCCGCUCCGUCAAGACGACGCUCAACAACAUCGCAGGCAUCGACGGCCUCGCGCGCGAGCGCAGGUGGCGCGCACACUGCGUCUUCAGCGUCGACGUCGGCCGGCGCGCGCGCCAGGGCGUAGAAGCGCUCAUCCCGCACGCCGACGUCCUCUUCCUCAACAGCCACUACGCACGCGCCCACUCCCCCGCGUACGCCGCCACCCCGCGCGCCUUCCUCCUGUCCCUCGCCGCGCUCGCCGCGCCGCACGCCCUCCUCGUCGCGCACUGGGGCAGGGACGGCGCAGCCGUGCUCUCCGUCCCCACGCGCGAGUACUUCCAGAGCUCGGGCUGGGCCGCCGACGACCCACGCGUGCACGCGCACGAGCCGCCGUCCCCGCGUAGUGUGCGCGCGGAGGGCGCGCCGCAUGGCGUGCGGUCCGGGAGCGACUUUUGGGCGUCGCCCGGCGCGCGCCGCACGCCGUCCACCGCGAGCGCGUUCUCGGCCGCCCACGGCGCCGUGCAGGCUCCGCACCAGCAGCACCGCGCGGGCGACGCGCGGUCGGCGGCGGCGAAUUCCCGCGAGGAGGAGGGCGCGUGGGACGAGGUCGGGGCGCAGGACGCGUUCGUCGCGGGGAUGAUAUACGCGCUGAGCCGGCGGUUGUUGCCUGGGGCGCCGUAUAGCCCCGGUUUGGGCGCUGCGGGCGGAGGGACGGGCGGAGGGGCGGGCGUGGGGGGAGGGGAGGAGGGGCGGCGGUGGAGGUUGGAUGAGUGUUUGCGGUUCGCGACGGAGCUUGCGGGGAGGAAGGCGAGGAGGCGCGGGUGGGAGGGGUUGGCGGAGGAGAUGGCCGUUGCGGGGUGGUUUGACGGGUGACGGGUUGACGGGGUGACGCGUUGCUCGAUGUCCAGCAUGGCAUGCCAUCGCGUGUUCUGCACUGCGUACCUUUUUCUGAUUAAUCUUGUCGGCGUUCGUUUUUUGCCCUUUUUUUCGCGAGUCUGUACGAUAGCGCGGCGGAAUGAAUGGUCAUGGCGAUCGGGUGCGUGGAUCACG